ACUCAUCCUAGACCCCAGUUCAACACGCGUUCGACAGCCCAUUCUCGACGGGGCAAUCAGAUCGACAACGAGCGGCUAGGAAAGGCGACAUUGGACGUGUGAUAACGCUCGUGCUCAGGACUCUCCGUGACCCUCGACACUCGAGCCUUAGAGAUUCGAAUCGCGACUCUCUUCUUCAUUGUUUUGCCACCUGGGAUCUGAACAAAGUCAUCUGCCAACAUGGGUGUUCCCGCCCUCUUCCGAUGGCUGUCGAGGAAGUACCCCAAGAUCAUCCAAAAGGUGGUCGAGGACACGCCGUCCAAGGUACGCGGCAUCGAUGGGGAGAUCGUCGAGGUCCCCAUUCAGUUCGAGUCGGAGAACCCUAAUGGAUUCGAGGUCGAUAACCUGUAUCUCGACAUGAACGGUAUCGUCCACCCCUGUACACAUCCGGAAGGCAAGCCUGCCCCCGAGACCGAGGAGGAGAUGAUGGUCGAGAUCUUCAAGUACACCGAGCGAGUCAUCAACAUGGCUCGUCCCCGCAAGGUCAUUGUCAUGGCCAUUGACGGUGUCGCGCCGCGUGCCAAGAUGAACCAGCAGCGAUCCCGUCGUUUCCGCGCCGCGCAGGAGGCGGCCGAGAAGGACGAGGAGAAGAAGCAAGCCAUCAAGAUGUUCGAGGCCAUGGGCCAAACUGUUUCUGAGGAGACCAAGAACAAAAAGUCGUGGGACACGAACGCGAUUACACCCGGCACACCUUUCAUGGACCUGCUCUCCAACAGUCUCAAGUACUGGGUUUCCAGGAAGCUAACCGAGGACCCUGGAUGGAAGGACAUGAAGGUCAUCAUCUCCGACUCGUCAGUGCCCGGUGAGGGUGAGCACAAGAUUGUCGACUGGAUCAGGAGGCAAAGGACAUACGCCGACUGGAACCCCAACACGUCGCAUGCCAUCUACGGACUCGACGCCGAUUUGAUCAUGCUUUCGCUCGCCACGCACGAGCCCAACUUCCGUGUCUUGCGUGAGGAUGUGUUCGCCCAGAGCCAAAACAGAGGUGGCCGCCCGGUCUGCACCAACUGCGACAAGCCGGGACACAUUGCUGCCAACUGCAGGCAGCCCAAGAAGGCCAAGGACCCCAACGUUGUGGAGAAGGCCAAGCCCGUCGACCCCAAGCCGUUCAUCUGGCUCGACGUCUCCAUCUUGCGAGAGUACCUCCAGGUUGAACUCAACGUCCCACAUUGCCCCUUCCCCUUCAACUCGGAGCUUGCCAUUGACGACUGGAUCUUCCUCAUCUUCUUUGUUGGUAACGAUUUCUUGCCGCAUCUCCCGUCGCUCGAGAUCCGCGAGGGCGCCAUCGACAACCUCCUCAAGAUCUGGAAGGCCGAGCUUCCUCGCAUGGGCGGCUACCUCACCAACAACGGCAAGGUCAACCUGGAGCGUACCCAGUACAUUCUUGACGGCUUGUCCGCGCAAGAGGACCAAAUCUUCCGCCAGCGCAAGCAGGACGAGGAGAGAGACGAGGCCAGGCAGAAGCGCCGCCGGAUGGAGGACCACAGACGCCAGGACGAAGAGAUGGCCAGAGAAGGCAAGAUGGUGAUGAACGGGCAGGAAUAUGUUACCGUGCCGCCGACAAACACUGGCGGCGACAAGAAGCACCCCUCAUUACCGCAGCGCCCGGGCUUUGACACGGAGCCCAAGGAAGCUGCCGCUCCACCAGCACGCAAGCCUGGCAAGAAGCUCAGCUACGCCGAGCAGGCCAAGUCUCUCAAGGAGGGCCUGGCUGCUAUGAGCGGCAGCAACAGCGACAUUGUCAACAACCGCAAGGCCAUUCGAAUGGCCAACAUGUCGGCGGCUGAAGCGUUAAAGGCCGAGUUAAGCGGUGACGCCCCGGCGGAUGACGCCGAUGUCAAGCCUGAGACGGAGGAACAGGCCGAGGAGGAGAAGCCUGAUGAGGAGCAGCCAGAGGACUCUGAAGACGUCAAGCCUGAGGAGGAGGAGGAGGUCGACGACAACGCCGACGACGACGCCGACCAGUCGAUGGACGUGGACGAAAAGGCCGCUGCUACGGGCAAGAAGAGGAAGGCGGGCGAGGACGAUGACGAGGAUGAAGAGGAGGAGGAGGACGCCGAGGACCCAGCCAACCCCGACGACGCACAUGUCACCAAGAAGAAGCUUAAGGUCAACCCCGACGGUACCGUCGACUACGAGGACACUGUGCGACUCUUCGAGCCUGGCUACAGGGAGCGUUACUACAGGCAGAAGUUUGGCAUCGAGCUCUCUGACAAGGAGUUCAUCAGGCAGAUCACCACCCACUACAUGGAGGGUCUCUGCUGGGUGCUCGAGUACUACUACCAGGGUGUCCCUGCGUGGGAUUGGUUCUACCCUUACCACUACGCUCCAUUCGCGCAGGACUUUACCGACAUCAAGGACAUGGACAUUAGCUUCAAGGUCAGCCAGCCGUUCACACCGUUCGCCCAGCUGCUUGGUGUCUUCCCUGCCGCCUCUCGCAUCCACCUUCCUCCUCCUCUGCAGGAGUUGAUGAUCAACGAGGACUCGCCGAUUCUCGACUUCUACCCAUCCGACUUUGAGAUUGACAUGAACGGCAAGAAGAUGGCAUGGCAGGGCGUGGCCCUCUUGCCCUUCAUUGACCAAAAGCGUCUCCUUGACGCCCUGGGAAGCAAGGUCAACUUGCUGACAGAUGACGAGAAGCGCCGCAACAAGUGGGGCGACAACGUCAUGUUCAUCGCCGAGGCAAACAUGCUCUACGAUCCUUUCUGCUCCCUCUACACGGUCAAGGCGCCGUCGGCACCUGUUCCUGUUGACACCAAGCUCUCAUAUGGUGUGAGCGGCUCGGUGUUGGCUGACCCAUCUUGUGUCCCCAACUCGACGCUCGAAACACCGAUUCCUGGAAUUGAGGAGUGUCCCGACCUGGAGAACAACAGCGCCAUCUCUGUCCGCUACUACUUCCCCCGUCAGACGCACAGGCAUCGCUCCGAGUUGUUACGAGGAUACCGCCCGAAGGCGCCACGAUUAACCGAGUCUGACAAGGACUUUGUUCGCCGUGGUGGCCAGGGAGGAGGUGGCCGUGGAGGGCGCCAUGGGCCUGGCAACGGCUAUUCGAAUGACGGACCCGGGCGUGGUGGUGACCGUGGACCUCGCGGAGGCCGUAGUGACCACGGCCCCGUCCGGAAUCUUCCCGGUGCGGACCGCUUUGGUGGUGGUGCCGGGGGUUACGGCGGCGGUGGCGGUUACGGAGGCGGUGGACGCAACCCGUAUGCUGCGCCUCCUGUCAACGCUUAUGGCGGUGGAGGCGGAUACGGUGGAGGAAAUGGUGGUAGCUAUGGCGGUGGCUACGGCGGUGGUGGAUACGGCGGCUACGGCUCUGCCGGAGCCCGCAACCCGUACGCCGCUGCCCCACCCAACCCCUACGGCGGUGGUGGUGGCAGGCCUAACCCUUACGGAGCGGCUCCAUCAAGCUAUGGCCAGCCUCCGUCUUCCUACGGAGGUGGUGGUGGCUAUGGUGGUUACGGUGGUGCCCCAGCCCCUCGCGGUGGCUACGGCGGCGGCAGCGGUGGCUCGUACGGCGGCAGCUCUUAUGGCGGCGGCCGUGGCGGCAACGCUGGCGGAGGAGGCCAACAUCGUCGCUACUAAACUCCACGUUCCAUUUUCCCCGCCUUGUGAAAUAACCUCAGCUCUCUUCCACACCUUGUUUCAGGAGUAACAGCAUAGUGUACAUGUAGCACCACCUGCCAUCAUAUGCAUCAUGAGAAACAUGCUCAAAGAUCAA